AUGAAUAUUAAUUAUUUACAAUAUAAUUUCCCAAAUGAAAUUCUUAUAGAGAUUUUUAAAUAUGUUAAAUAUUUAAAAUCUUUAAAGAUUACAUGUAAACGUUUUAAUGAUAUUAUCAUUGAUUCUUUCUUUAAAUUUCAAUGGUUUUUAUCAUAUCAUGAGACUAUUCUUAAAGAUGAGAUAAUUACAUUAGGAUUUAUCUCUUUGAUGAAAGAAAUCAACAAAGAGAAAAAAAUCUUUGAUGAUAAUGAUGUAUUUUUAACAAGAAUUGCGAUAAAUUUACAUAAAUCUGGAUUACAAGAAAAUCGUAAAAAAGCAUUUAAAAUUUUUAAAAUUAUCAAGUAUUAUCGUUGGAUAGGAGAAUAUUACGAGAAUGGAUUCGGAGUUGUCAAAAUUAAUAAAAAGAAAGCUUCAGAAUAUUAUGUAAAGGAUUACGAAUUAUAUAUCAAAUAA